UCAAAAAAAAGGGGAAAGAAAUAAAGAGAGAGAGAGAGAGAGAGCAAACGAAUGCAACAGAGGGAGAGAUAGAUAGGAAGAAAGGGUGAGACUUGAGAGGGUUAAGGAGUUCAAUUUCUUGAGGGUUGAAAGUCUCUCACCAAAAAAGAGAGCUUUGACCCCUCUCUUCAUUCCUAAGCUCUCUUCUAUGGCUGUUUCCAUCUCUUCUUCACUUUCACAUUCUUUUCCCUUACUUCCCCAUUUACCAUCAUUUGUCUGAGCUCUUCUUUUUGGCCCCAAACAUUUUAUCCAGAUACGGUUCAGUUUGAAUGGAUACUCCGGAUAUGAUUUGUAGGGUUUCUGAGGGAUAAGAAUAAUAUUUCAAGAUUUGAGCUUUUGAAUGGGGAAUUGCUGUGUGACCCCGGGCGGUUCUCCUAGGGCCAAGAAUGAGAAUAGAAAGAAGAUUAAGGAUAAGAAGAACAAACCAAACCCUUUUGCCAUUGACUAUGGUUCAUAUCAAGGCAAUGAUGGCCCGGAAAAACUUGUUGUGUUGAAGGAUCCUACAGGGGAUAGCAUUCACAGCAAAUAUGAUUUGGGGCGUGAGCUUGGGAGGGGGGAGUUUGGGGUCACAUACUUGUGCACGGAUGCAGACUCGGGCGAGAAAUUUGCUUGCAAAUCUAUAUCGAAGAAGAAGCUGAGGACUGCAGUGGAUAUUGAUGAUGUAAGGAGGGAGGUUGAGAUCAUGAAGCACUUGCCGAAGCACCCGAAUAUUGUGAGCUUGAAGGACACUUAUGAGGACGAUAGUGCGGUGCACAUUGUGAUGGAAUUGUGCGAGGGCGGGGAGUUGUUUGACCGGAUUGUAGCAAAGGGACACUACACAGAGAGGGCAGCUGCCGUGGUUAUGAAGACAAUUGUGGAAGUUGUUCAGAUGUGCCACAGGCAUGGAGUGAUGCAUCGCGAUCUCAAACCCGAGAAUUUUCUUUUUGCAAACAAGAAGGAGACAGCUCCAUUAAAGGCAAUUGAUUUUGGGUUGUCAGUUUUCUUUAAACCUGGUGAACGCUUUAACGAGAUAGUUGGAAGUCCUUAUUACAUGGCUCCUGAAGUUCUCAAACGCAACUAUGGCCAAGAAGUUGAUAUCUGGAGUGCUGGAGUUAUACUUUAUAUUCUUCUUUGCGGUGUUCCACCCUUUUGGGCAGAAACUGAACAAGGAGUGGCACAGGCAAUUAUUCGAUCUGUAGUUGAUUUCAAGAGAGAUCCGUGGCCUAAAAUUUCUGAUAACGCAAAGGAUCUUGUAAAGAAAAUGCUCAACCCUGAUGCUGAUCAGCGGCUUACUGCUCAGCAAGUUCUUGAGCAUCCGUGGUUACAGAAUAUAAAGAAAGCGCCAAAUGUCUCCUUAGGCGAGACUGUGAAAGCAAGACUCAAACAGUUUUCAGUGAUGAACAAGUUCAAGAAAAGAGCCCUAACGGUAAUUGCUGAGUUUUUGUCGGUGGAAGAAGCUGCUGGCAUAAAGGAAGCAUUUGACAUGAUCGACACUGACAAGAAAGGAAAGAUAAACCUUGGAGAACUUAGAGUUGGUCUGCAAAAGCUUGGACAUCAUAUCCCCGACGCAGAUCUUCAAAUUCUCAUGGAUGCUGCUGAUGUCGAUGGAGACGGAAGUUUGAAUUAUGGGGAAUUUGUUGCUGUUUCUGUUCAUCUCCGAAGGAUGGCUAAUGAUGAGCAUCUGCAUAAAGCUUUUACAUUCUUUGACCAGAAUCAGAAUGGUUUCAUAGAAGUCGAUGAGUUGCGGAGUGCUUUGAGUGAUGAAGACGAUGGAAACAAUGAAGCGGUAAUUAGUGCCAUCAUGCAUGAUGUUGACACAGAUAAGGAUGGACGCAUAAGCUAUGAGGAGUUUGCGGCAAUGAUGAAGGCAGGUACAGACUGGAGAAAAGCAUCUCGGCAGUACUCAAGAGAGCGAUUUAACAGUCUGAGCUUGAGGUUAAUGAGGGAUGGCUCUUUACAAGCAACAAAUGAGGGUAGAUAAACAAACAGGACAGGAAAAUCUCUGCUAGAGUUAACAAACAUUUUAUAAAUUCACUCUCUAUUCCUUCUAGUUCUUUAUUGAGUUUAUUUAAAUUAUUAUUAUUAUUAUUAUUAUCAUUAUCAUUAUUACUAUUAUUCCGAUUAUCGUAAUUUCCACCUUUGACAUAUUUAAGAAUCAGGGUGAGGAAUACUGCUUUAAUUUGUUAGUUACAUCACUUAUAUCAGAGCAAA